AUGGACUCAUACGAAGGCUAUGUAUCUCCCGAGAGGAACCGUGAAGCGGACUCUUUCUCCGAUAGAGCACCAGGAGAUCACCGACGCCGGUCGCCAGAUCGUCGCGGUGGCCGUGGCCGUGGUCGUGGCCGUUCCCGCUCUCCCAUGAUUGAUCGUUACGAGCCUACAGAGCGCCGCCCUCGAGAUGACUUCUACAACAACUCCCGCGAGCACGCUGCUCGUGAUCGUGAGGAUCGCCGACGACCUCCUUCCCCAAAUGUCGCGAACAUUGACCGCUACAUCCCGGGCCAAGACUCUGGCAAGCGCCCGCUUCCCUCAAAUCCACUUCCCAACCCGCUUAGCCUUGAUUUCCAGGUUGGAUUCACUUGGUUUGCGGAAUGGUGGAGAGCUGAACAAUCCGUGAGCGAAGAAAAGGAGCGUGCGAAGCAUGGAGGCCGGCGCCCAUCAGAUCGUGUUAAGGGAGAACGCGAAGCCCGUGAGGACCGGGACCGAGAGCGGGCGCAAAUUCAGGCUGCGUAUGAUACAUACAAGAUCGACUUGCAGAUAAAGUUGGCUAGGACAUUUGUGCAACAGCAUCGCAACGAAGAAUGGUUCAAAGAGAGAUACAUUCCCGAGGUGCGGGACCCGCUCCGCAGUCGCCUGACGGGCUUCCGGAAAGGCGCAUAUGAACAGUGGGAGCGGGAUCUCAAUGACGGUCUGUUUGACGAGUUCACCCUCGAAGGAAUCUACAAGAGCGAAAGCGAUGGUGCUGGUGGUGUCAUCGAGAAGGAGGAGGGUGAGGCCACUGCUGUUGGUGAAACACUGGGAGUCCUGGAUCUGCUCCCCGUUCGGGGAGGCGAGCUCCGUGAUGAGGCUCUGUCUCAACCCGCCCUGCUCAUCAAGACCCUGGCGCCGAAUGUGAGCCGCGACAAGAUCGAGGAGUUUUGCAAGGAGCACCUUGGAGAGUAUGAUGGCGGGUUCAAGUGGCUCAGCCUCAGCGAUCCGAAUCCCUCCAAAAAGUUCCACCGCAUGGGUUGGAUUAUGCUGCACCCCGGUGGUGAGACGACCAAUAUCGUGGAACGGGGCGAUGGUCGCGAUGAAGAAGGCGAGAUGAUGGAUCAUGAUAACGGCCUUAAUGGAGGCGUGACGAUCAGCGCUGCGGAGAAGGCGCUGGAUGCAGUCAAUGAUAAGACCAUCUAUGAUCCCGUCCACGGUGAUUUUGUCUGCCACGUUGGCGUCCAUGUUCCUCCAUCCCAGCCUCGCAAGAAGGCUCUCUGGGAUUUGUUUUCCGCGCCUGAGCGGAUCGAGCGCGAUCUUGAGCUGGCUCGAAGGUUGGUCGUCAAGCUGGAUACCGAGAUGGGAGAUGUGGACGGAUUCGGCAAGAUCGAGGAGCGUGUCGAUGACCUCAGGGGCAAGGGCUGGCUCCAGCCUCCCGUGACGGGGCCUGUCAGUAUCAAGAAGCAAAAGAACGGCUUCGAUGAAGACGUCGCUGAGGAUGGUGAGAUGGAAGAGGGUGAGGAGAAGGAGGUAUCCGAGGAAGACGAGGUUGACGAUGAAGAGAUCUUGGCCAAGAAAAAGAAGCUGGACUUGAUGGUUGAGUACUUGCGACGCGUCCACAAUUUCUGCUUUUUCUGUGUUUUCGAGAGCGACUCCGUUCACGAACUUGGUCGCAAGUGCCCUGGUGGACACCUUCGUCGUCCCCGCACCGGUCUCUCCAGCCAAGCCAAGGAUGUCGCUCGCGCCAGCGCUCUCGGACAGCCCUUUCCCGUUAAGAAGAGGGAGCCGAGCGAGGACGGAGAGGAACGUGCAUCGCCUGCGCAGGAGAGACGCACCCAGCGUGUUCCCAAGUCUGAACAACAGCUGCAGCGCGCGUUCAACUGGGUGAAGACCUUCGAGGAUAAGCUGCUCCAGAUCCUGGAGCCUGAAAAUGCAGACCUACGCAAGCUCGGCGGCAAGCCUGUGAACCAAGCCCUUGAGGACGAGCUGGCCAAGUAUGUGAAGCAGGAGGACGACUCGCGAUUCCGCUGCAAGGUACCGGAGUGCACGAAGCUGUUCAAGGCAGAGAAUUUCUGGCGCAAGCAUAUCGAGAAGCGCCACAUGGAGUGGCUCGACACUAUCCAACGUGAUUUGUCACUGGUGAAUGCCUACGUCUUGGAUCCUUCACGCAUUGCCCCAUCCCGCUCUGAUGCCAACAGCAACGGGCACUUCCCUCUUUCUUCCGGCCAUGGCCAGGGUGGUACCCCUCGGGGCUUCAGUCUCUCCAACGUGCCCUACCUCGGAAACCCCGGGGGCAUUCCUGGUGGAUUUCCCCCGGGAGGCAUGCCCGGAAUGGUGGGUGCAGGUGGCGCCUGGGGUGGUAACGGCCUCGCUUCAGGGGAGGCCGCAGGCCUGCACCAGCCAGGUCCCAUGCGACGCGGUGGAGGCCGCCAAAACCCAAGCCAUCGGACUGGCCCAUACGACCGUCGCCGCCUUCCUAACGGCAGUGGACGCCUCAGCCCUGUCCGUCCGACCGGCACGUACGGCCCUGGCGGUCGUCUUCUCACUCCCGGUUUCUCCGUGCCCCUUCGCUACCCAGCUGCCAUCCUGGCCCCUGCCAAUCCCUUCCCAGAUGCCAUGGGUGCCGGUGGAGGCGCGCAGGUCAUGCCUCCGCGCGAGGCCGUUCAGGGCCGUAGCCUGAAGAGCUACGAAGACCUGGACGCGGUAGGCGGAUCUGGCGGCGGGGAGCUGAACUAUUAG